GGCAUACCACUACUCAGUAUCGCCACCUUGCGAGAUCGUUUUGGACCUACCACUAACCUCCGUGAAAUUGGGGUCCAGCUGACCAGCCUUCGGAUUGAUGUUGCAUUAUAUAGGCCAGAAAUAGAUGUACCAAGUCUAGGGCACUCGGCCGAUUUAACAACAGCGAUGUGGAGCUUGAGAAGGUUCGAAUACGUGUACGGCGAAGGCUACCAUGGUCAAUUAACGACGCCAAUACACCAUUAUACCUUUGCUGUGCUGGAUAAUCCAAGUAUCGAAGAGAUCCAUCUAAAUUUCUUCCCAAAUCCAUUGGGAUGCGUUUUCGAACACAUGAUUCCACAAAGAGAUUGGCCGAACCUGAAGAAAGUGUACCUGAUAUCUGGUCUCUUCCACCUGGGAUGUCUAAGCCGAUUUUUAAAUAGAUGUAAUCCGGCAGUCUUCAAGCACCUGGAUCUACGUCAUAUAGAACUGUUAGACGGUACCUGGACUGAGACUGUGGGUAUUCUAACGGGCUCUUGUUUGGACCGUUUCUCUAUUGACUGGCUAAAUGGAGAGCGCUUGAUUCUUAGUGAUGAGUUAUGGCUAGUUGGAAGGUACGAGGAGGAUGGCGGAAUCCGAUUCCAGAGGCAGCGCAAGAUAAAUCAUGUAGCGAGAGCAAUCUCCUCGCACAACUAGGCUGUCCAGGGAGUGCCUUAAAGAAACUCGGACAAUGUAUCAUGAGUUAGACCCCGAAAAGGAGCCAUAUUUGAGGGUUAUAAUAUGGUAGCCUAACAUCAAGGUCAGUUGGAGUCUUUACUAUUACACUUAGAACUUUCCACAAUAAUAAUUUGUUUCGUUGCCCUCUUUACCACUUAAGAGUACUUAUUACUUUAAGUAUAAACCUUUGAAUACAUUGCAGAUACAAUUUUUUUUUAGUGUUGAGAACUAGUACAGAAGACAGCAGUCAUCUUAUAAAAGCCAAAGAAGGCUUUGCAACCCUCCAUAUGUAAUUAGGAGGGUAGGAAAUAGGUAAAAGUGGAAGAUACCGUGAGCUAGUCUUAGAAUUUCCGACUCUCACGCAUAUAUGCAUAUAGCAAU